AUGCCGCCGCUGCCCGUCAGCGUCAAGCGCAUAUAUGUGCCGUCCCUAGAUUACGUCAUCGUCGACAAGGCCAGCGAGGAGCGGCGGCUGGCGUCGCUGGCGAUCUUUUACGACAUUUUCAGUGACGAGCAGUACGGGAAGCGGCUGACGCGCAAGAGCGCGAUCACGGCGCUGUGCAUGUACGACAGGGAUGACGUGUUGGCAGCAGAGCGCUCGCCGGAGACGUUUCCAAACAUUGACCUGCUGCAGCGCGUGUACAAGGACGGCCUUGAGUUGGACUUUGUGGUUGAGGAGCUGGGAGUUUUGUAA